AUGGCGGACGAGCCUGGGUUGAUGUUGCAGUUGUGGUUGCGGUGGAGGCGCGUGAACGGGGGGCAGAUCGGGGAGCUCUUCCUCUUCGAAUACGCCCAGGCGAGCAUUCUGCGACAUCCAUUCACGGAGGAGGAAGACGGCAACGAAGAUGAAUCACUGAGGAGACCAUACGCCAACCUCACUAGAGAAUCAGAGCGUUCCUCGUCGAAGGCAGCGGUGAACAAGCUCCAACUUAAGUAG